CCCUUCCCCCACCCCUCCCACACACACACACACACACCACCACCUCCUCCCUCUCCCUUGUUUGAGUGUCUCUGCCUUGACUGGUGCAGUCUGAGGGAUGGGGGGUUAGAGCCUGCACCGUCCAACUACCUGUGUGGCCCCCGCAUGGAGGACAGUGGACAGGGAUGCGCUUGAUGCAGGACAUUUUAUCCGAGAGACGAAUGCCUCCUCAGCAUUUUAUCGGACAUGCCGACAUUGUAUUGACAACAUAAACCAAGGCAUUGCAUGUGCCAACUUUUUUCUGUGAAUAUGCCUUUGUGAGAAACUCUCUGGCUCGUCACCCUCGCCGGGAUUCCCCGCAAUAUUUUCAAGAAGAGACGAGAGAGAGGAAAAGAUCUGCAAAAAUGGACAAAGAGGGUGCAGGUACUCAAUAUGAGCCUGUGGCCGAGAUUGGAGAAGGCGCUUAUGGGAAAGUGUACAAAGCGAGAGAUUUGAAGAACGGGGGACGCUUUGUAGCCUUAAAAAGAGUUCGUGUCCAGACAGAGGAAGAAGGGAUGCCUCUCUCCACCAUCCGGGAGGUGGCGGUACUGAGGCAGCUUGAAGCCUUUGAGCACCCCAACGUUGUCAGGUUGUUUGAUGUGUGUACAGUCUCUCGAACUGACAGAGAAACCAAACUCACUCUGGUCUUCGAGCACGUGGAUCAGGACCUGACCACGUACCUGGAGAAGGCCCCUGACCCCGGAGUACCACCCGAGACCAUCAAGGAUAUGAUGUACCAGCUGCUCCAGGGGCUGGACUUCCUGCACUCACACCGCGUGGUGCACCGUGACCUGAAGCCCCAGAAUAUCCUGGUCACGAGCGGAGGACAGAUCAAACUGGCUGACUUUGGUCUCGCUCGCAUCUACAGCUUCCAGAUGGCGCUCACCUCUGUGGUGGUGACACUAUGGUACAGAGCCCCAGAGGUGCUGCUCCAAUCCAGUUACGCCACCCCAGUGGACCUGUGGAGUGUCGGCUGCAUCUUCGCUGAGAUGUUCAGGAGAAGACCGUUAUUUCGAGGAAAUUCAGAUGUUGAUCAGCUGGGAAAGAUUUUUGAUGUUGUUGGGGUACCUUCAGCAGAAGACUGGCCUCAGGAAGUGGCCCUACCACAGAGUGCCUUCACCCCCCGACCCCCUAAGCCGAUAGAGAACUUGGUUCCAGACAUGGACGAGCAAGGACGGGCUCUCUUAAUGCAAUUCCUCGCCUUCAAUCCCUCCAGGAGGAUAUCGGCCUUUGCUGCGCUGAGCCACCCCUACUUUCAAAGUGUGGACAGCCUCAGUAGGAGUGUGUAUGCAGCCCAGCCUAUCCCCAGCAACAAGCCCACUAUAGAGGAGAGGACUGCCUGACCGUCCUCCUUCACCCAUAAUCAUCCAAGUGUCCAUAAAAAGUAUUCUGCAUACCCCACCUUGGUGUUAUUCAUGUGUUAUUGUUUUAAAAGGGUUUAAUCCAAGUCUGUUAAUUAAGCCUUUUUUGACACUGAUCUACAGAUGAAUGUACAAUGUCAAAGUGAAAAUAAGUCUGUAGAAUUAAUUGUAAUUUAAGUACAUAUAUAGCAAUCACCACUUCUAGCCGCUAUUUAUUUAAAUGCACCUUUGACAUCAUUUGUAGGCUUGAGUCGAUUUGGUUAAAUCUGUAUUAGUUUUUCCACGUUUUCAAUUUCGCUUCAUUUUUCUCUGCAAAAAUCCUCAGGCUGACAGGGUUUAUAGUGAGCAUGACUGAACAGCAGUUUUAAAAUCCUGCUACAGCUUCUGGAUUGGAUUUAGGUCUGAAUUUUUUAUUUGGCCACUUGAGUAAUGUCCUUCUGAAGACAGGCCUGUGCUGCUUUAGCUUUGCGUUAGCAGAUUUAUAAAACUCUUUACCAAGCAUGGCAGGAGGUUUCUUGGUGCACCUUGGAGUCGUCUUUCACUUCCACGUGCCUUUUUGACAAAUGAAAGCUGAAAUGUUAGGAAAUUUUUCAUCAGUGGCUUUGUCUUUGCCAAUUGGCUAUAAAGCUUGAAAUGCACCCAGCAGGCUCAGUCAGUGACCCUCCCACCAUUCCUACUGCAGGACACACACUGUAGCCUUCCUCGCUAUUGCCUUGAGGAUGACCUGCUUUAGACAGACAUGUACUCGCAGCCUUCAUAUUUUGCUAGCUAUCCUUCCAUUAAUUGGUACUAUUCAGAGUCACAUAAAUAGAUUUUUUUUUUUUGAUAAUCAGUGUCAAAAAAGUUUAAUCAACUGUGAUUUCAUAGUGUACAUAAAAUAACAUAAACAAAACAUGAAAUAGACCAAGGGGUAAAAUACUUUUUAUAGUCAAUGUACAAAGCUCCUGGAAAGUAUUCCUAAAGAGAGGGUAAAGAUGGUGUCAAGAAGAAAGCUCCCAUCCCCUGAGAAAUGCACAAAAGCUAUCCUCCUUCCAUGAACUGAUGGAUUGUAAUUGCUGCUUUUAGGUUGUUAAAUGUUGAUGAUUGACUAUUAUCAAUGCAAAAGAGACUUGCAUCUCAGAUUGACUGGUAGCAGUGGGCAGACAGACUGUAAAGAGGCCAUGCGGCAGAGGCCUCUUAAGGACCCGUGUUUAGCCUUGCAAGAGUCCUCUUGACUGGGGGACCAGACCGUACAGGAGCCUGGGUGGACAGCACGGACCUCAGGCACCUUUGUGCUCACUGUGGGUGUGUGCAGUGAGCACAUAUACAGUGCAAGCACACCCACAAAUAUGUACACAACAUUUAGUGUGUGCACCACCACUGACAUUUAACAAGCUCAUGUACACACCUACUUAUUGAAACAUUAUUAGGCAUCACAAGCCAGCCACUCACUGCCAUGUCGUAACUUAUCAUUCCAACUCAUCAUGUAUUAUAUUACUGCCACCUUGAGGAUGUCUUGAGUAACUGCAGACCAGUAGCGGGAUUCUAAUGGUUUCUGCACACUUCAAGGAACUCAUCAUAAUGGGCUGAUGUCGGUGCUGAGACAAAGAUGAAAGAACCUUAUAGAAACGUUCCUGCCACUCACUUGGUGUUUAUUACUUGCUUCUAGUCUGGCAACAUGGGCUUUUAUCAUUAUAAAAUACAAUUAUUAUUUGUUAUCCGAAUAAUACAGUAAUGCACAGGCAACAGGUGGACAAAGUCCCACCAGCACUAUUCAGCAUGAAUACAUUUGGCACAGAAUAGUGUCGCCAAUAUUCUGUAUUUAAUUUUAAUUUUAUUGACAAGUCUUAUAUGCUUGUUUUUGUCAAGUUGUUACUUGAUUUAUUUUUUUUUAAGAUGCUGGGGCAUACAAUGUUCUUACACCAAUUACACCAACUCUUUAGAUAAUGAUAGAAUUUGUGUAAGAAUAGUUUGUCAGUGUAAGGAAUGUACAAAGGAUAGGCAUUGGUACUGUACAGCGUAGAGUGCUAAGUACAAGCUGCAAUGAUAGAAAACUUUUGAUACGUGCAUCGUCAGCCCAUAGAUACGUCGUAAAAAUGGAUAGAUGUAGAGUUAGCGAGGGUCAGUGGAAUGUUGUGUGGCGAGAGUAUUUUGUGUAUUAAAAAUGUUGGCGGGCUCUGUGGGUGCUUGUUGAAUUACUCUUGCUUCGGAUUGAGAGUUCUAAGAACUUUAGAGUGGUUUUGAUAAUGAAAUAAUGCAUAAAUAUUUUGCGUACAGUUUUUGCUCUAUUUUACAGUAAUGUCCCUUUGUAUUCAAGUUUUUACCAGCAAGGAAAAAGCAAGUUAUGCAGAGUUGUAUUUUUGUAUGUAGUAGUUCUUGCAGAACAGUAACAUAUUUUAACACUGGUUUACGUUUUCUUAACAGGUAGUGCUGCUAGCACACACACACAACCACACUCUCUGACUUUCUCAGGUUCUUGGUAUGGUUCUUGUCCGAACCUUUCGGGCACAGUUUGCACAUCCCUGGGCUACUAACUGACCACAUUGCAUCUCCUUCAGGUUUUCUUUCAAACUGUUCCACAAUUGCAUCAUUGAUCAUAGUCUACUGUCAUUCCUAUUUAUCAGAUAUAUGUUACUGUAGUCAUUACUGUCUGAAGAUAACUGCCUGUAUGAACUGUUUUUGCCAGCAACCUUUAAUUGCUAGGUGGCAAAUACAAUGUAGAUCCAUGUAUAAUUGUCUGUUCGACUAAGCACUGUGUGAAUUUUCUAUUUGAUAACGACUCAUAUCUGGUGUCAGUGAUGCAUACAGUACAAUGCAAUGAAAGUUCCAAAUACUUUAGGCUUAGAAGUUUACAGAUAAUAUGGUGACUGCUUUAGUCUUAUUACACUUGAUACAAUCACUGUAUACUUUUUUUCUCCAGUUAACCCGUUUGAAAUACAUUUCAGACUCAUAACAUAAAACUGAAGUCCACUGUUGAGCUUUUAGAAGUUUCACUGUUUCAAAACAUGUCUUGGUGCAUCCCAUAAUUCAAAUUACAGAUAUGUUCCUGUGUCACCCUUGUUUUAAGCAUAUGGAAAUGGAGACUAGGAGGAACACUCAUGGCAUUAUACUUAUGUAUACAUGCUGGCAUUGGUGUCUUAUUAUUGUGUUGCACCAGUUGAAUAAAAACUUUUUUGUAA